GUCGCGUAGUCAUCCUACCCGCCCCGUUUUCUCCGACCGGCGUGUACCGCGUUCGGUAGGCUGCAGGUACCACCUACCUCUAUGUAUUACUUUAAUCGCGGAAUGUUUUCCUCUUGAUUACAUGUUUUUCCCGCCCCGCGCGUAUCCGAACCACGUCUCGCCGCCACCACGACUGGCGGCUAGCUCGCACACCCCUCCCACCCCCGCGGGUGGAUAUCAGUGCCGUAUUGUGCGGGUACGGCGACGACGUGUUCGUACAAUCUCUGGGUAGAGUCGCGGCUCCGGUGCGAUUACCCUUUUUUUCGUACGGCGAUUCGUCGUCGUCGUCCAUUCCUAACCCGUCGCCGCGACCACCCGGAAUCACAGACGUGUUCUUAAUUCGAUUUCGAGACGUGUUCGUGUCCGGUAGCCGCCCCGUAAAAUCUGUCCGCAGUCGACCAGGUCCUGUCCCCCAGGUAGUCGUUGGUGUGUUACGACAGUUGCGACGACGGUGGUCAAACAUCCCGACAACAUGAUGUCUGUCGCGUCUCCGACUUCGGCCGACAUUCGUGAAACAAGUAUUACAUCAGCCAGAGCAUCUGUGAUGAUUUAUGAUGAUAACAGCAAAAAAUGGGUUCCAAGUGGAACAUCGUCAGGCCUUAGUAAAGUACACAUUUUUAAACAUGUGAUCAAUAAUACAUUCCGUGUAGUUGGAAGAAAACUACAAGACCAUGAGGUUGUUAUUAACUGUGUCAUUUUAAAGACUCUAAAAUAUAAUCAAGCAACAACAACAUUCCACCAAUGGAGGGAUAAUAAACAUGUAUAUGGUUUGAAUUUUAGUAGCAAAGAAGAUGCUGAUUCUUUUGCACGAGCUAUGGUGUAUGCUCUUGAGGUGCUAGAUUCUGUAUCCAGAAAUAAUAUUAAUAAUCCUCAUAACCAUAUACCACCUCCAGCGCCUCCUAUAUAUCAACAAGCAAAUGGACAGUAUGAUGAGGAUAUGGGAUACAGAGAUUGGUGUACAAAUAAUGUACCUAAUCAUUUCAGAAGCAUGACGAAAGAUGAUGCUGCAAUUAUCCAAGAGAGGAGAAUGUCUCAGCAAAAUCAAAUCGUUAGUACAACUAACGGUUUACCAACCAUUCCACCUGCACCUCCUCAGUUGCCUUCUUCAGGUCACCAUCGCACAUCGUCGGCUCCGCCAGCACCAGUUCCUCCCCCUCCUCCACCAGGCAUGUCCAGCCCAUUGCCUCCUCAACCACCUCCAAUGCCUGGCAGUCUACCAAGACCUAGUAGUAAUGGAGAAGCUGAUCACAGCGAAUCAGUUGCUGACCAGACAUCAUCUUUAGCUAUACAGUUACAGGCAGCUCGUUUAAAACGUACCAAUAAGCAGCAUCCAGCUGAAAAUAGUGGCUCGUCUACGAGUAGUGCUAGCAGUGGUGGAAGUGGAAAUUACGGGACCCUUGGUAGAAAUGCUAAUGGUGGCCAAACUGGUAUGGCAUCAAUGAUGGAUGAAAUGGCACGUACAUUAGCAAGACGUCGAGCUGCUGUUGAAAAGAAAGAACCAAUUGAUUGUCCUCAAGAUGAAAGUGUAUCACCUGGCGACAAAAAAAAUUGGAAUCGUAACGAUAGUCAAAAAAGCUCAUUAAAUGGUUGUGAAAGUCCUAAACUUGGCCGAAAACAAUUGUCUGCCACUUCCACUGAAGACUUGAUAGCAUCUAAGUCAUUUGGAGAAAAUUGUAUAUCAAAUAUAUCAUUAGAGUUACAGACAUUAAGACAAGAUAUACUACGUGAAAUACGCAAAGAAUUGAACCUAAUGAAAUUGGAUAUCAUUGAAAGCGUAAAAUCAGAAAUUAGCAAAAGAUAAGUGAACAACAACAAUCUAUCAAACAAGUAUCAAAUUACUAAUAUUCAUUUACAAUUUUAUAUUGAUUCGAUGCUUGUUCUUUUUUCUAUUAAGUGGACAUUUUCGAACUGAAUCUCAUUUUAUUACUGUUAUAUGAUUUAGGUACACUCAUAGAUAAUAUUAUUGUAAACCUAUUUAUGACUUAACUCAUUUAUAGCUACUUAAUUUAAACUAUUUCUUACAUAAUCAAGUUAUUAUGUAGCGCAUAUUUUUUAUAUCAAAAUUGUUUUUUUUUUUAUGUGAGUGUAAUCACCUUAUGAUUUAAGUGUGAACAAUUUGUAUUAUAUUAUUUAUGAAAAAUAAAAAAGCAUGGUAAACGCUUCA